UGGUCGCAAAACUUGAGAAUGGACUCAAGAGACAAGUCCGUUAGUUUGAGGAAGGCGGCGAUAGAACGACCUCGUCCAUGACUUGACGACAGACAUCAACGUCUCGGCAACAUUAUUGGCAGCAAUGUCGAGAGAAAACACCACUCGAAGUCUGGACAGCAUCGACCUCGCUGCGCUGAGAGACCCCGCAGGUAUAUUUGAGCUGGUGGAGGUGGUUGGCAAUGGAACAUAUGGUCAAGUGUACAAGGGUCGUCAUGUCAAAACAGGCCAAAUGGCAGCUAUCAAAGUCAUGGAAGUCACAGAGGAGGAAGAAGAGGAAAUAAAGAUGGAGAUCAACAUGUUAAAGAGUUACUCCCACCACAGAAAUAUCGCUACUUAUUAUGGAGCUUUUGUUAAGAAAAGUCCUGCUGGACAGGACCAUCAGCUCUGGCUGGUGAUGGAGUACUGUGGAGCCGGCUCUGUGACAGACUUGGUAAAAAAAACAAAGGGUAACUGUCUGAAAGAGGACUGGAUUGCUUACAUCUGCCGAGAGGUGCUCAGGGGUCUUUCCCAUCUCCAUUCCCAUCAUGUGAUUCACAGGGACAUUAAGGGACAGAAUGUUUUGCUUACAGAGAAUGCUGAAGUAAAACUUGUGGAUUUCGGGGUUUCCGCACAGUUGGACAAGACGAUUGGUCGAAGAAACACCUUCAUCGGUACUCCCUAUUGGAUGGCUCCAGAGGUUAUUGCCUGUGAUGAGAAUCCAGAAGCCACAUAUGAUUACAGGAGUGACCUCUGGUCUUUAGGCAUCACUGCUUUAGAGAUGGCAGAGGGAGCCCCACCUUUGUGUGACAUGCAUCCCAUGAGAGCUCUGUUUCUGAUUCCACGCAACCCUCCGCCAAGACUUAAGUCCAAAAAAUGGUCCAAGCGCUUUCUGUCAUUUAUUGAUAGCUGUCUAGUUAAGAACCAUCUGCACCGGUCCACGACGGAUGUCCUGCUGAGGCACGCCUUCAUUCGAGACUUGACUAAUGAGAGACAAGUUCGCAUCAUGCUCAAAGAUCACCUCGACAGAACCAGAAAGAAAAAGGAAAAAGAAGGUCCAGAGUAUGAAUACAGUGGCAGUGAAGAGGAAGAAGACGAGGUCACAGAAGAGGAAGGAGAACCCAGCUCCAUAGUGAAUGUUCCUGGUGAAUGGACCUUAAGGCGGGAGUUUCUGCGUUUACAGACUGAGGAUCGAGAAGAGAGCCAACACAGGGGCCACAGACUGGUUGGGGAUCAGCAGAGACAACAGCAAAUAGCCGAACAAGAACAAUACAAACAACAGUUACUGACUGAUCGACAAAGGAGGAUACAACAACAACACGAGAAACGACAAAUAUUAGAAGACAGGCGACAGCUAUCAGACACUGCCUUCCAGUGGGCACAACUACAAGAGCUUAUUCUUGGGGAGGAAUCUGAUAACCGCGACAACAGAAUCCUAAAGAAUGACAGAUAUCAGAGAAAUGACAGGAAACAGGACCAUGCAGACAGGCAAUGGAAUGCUGAUGUACCCAUAAGGGCCCUGGACUCAGAGCAGAGAGCUGUGGCUCCAAACCAGCUGCUUCAGCUUAAGGCCAAGCACUUGCAGCCUCAUCUCCAUUCACCAGCCAAGCCCCAGCCUCAGCAGCCCUCGUCAGGCAGGAGAUCCCACCGCACCCUCCCUAAAGACCAAACCCAGCUCCUGUCCCUGCAGCAUGACCACAGACACACAGAGAGAGAGAGGGACCAGGAGAGGCAAAGAGAAAAGCCAGAGGUAGCUGUCCAAAAGCUAACGACUAACAGCGGGAACGCUGGCAUUCCUGCCGCUACCGCUGCUGCUUCCUUGUCCAGCUGCCCCGCAAACUGCCAGCGCUCAGCGAUGGACUACCAGGAUUCAAAUUUGGCCAGGAUGCUUUUAGCUUCGGGCCUGCCCGGCGAGAUGCACACCAGGCUGGGUUCCGGCAGCAGUUCCAGUCCUUGUACCCCAGCCAUGCAGAGAGCUCACACAAACCAGAAUGCCAAUUUGCGCUCUAGUCGAGCUGCCCCUCACAGUAGCUCUAUGUCCGAUAUGGCAAUGUCAAUUUUGUCCCCUUUCACGCCUGUGUCAACCUCUGAUGAUGUCUUCUGGGAUUCGGAGACACCACCUAAGGUCCCGGAACGUACUACCUCCAAGUUCUACUGCAGAGAAUUAGUGAAGGGACACAACAGGGCUGCUUCCAGUGGAAGUCCUGUGCUAAUGACAGAUAAAGGUUUAAUGUCUCCGUCGCAUGGGGUUUCUAUCUGCAGUAAUCAUCCAGAUCACUUCAGAAUGGACAGUCCACGUGUUCAGCAGCGUCUUCAGCAGCACAAACGGCAUCAGAACAACAUCGCUGGCAGACAUUUACAAGGUGUCAAGACUGUUCUGAGCCCAUACAACAAGGCCACAGAAUACUCUUCCUCCAGCGACGAGAUUGGGAGUAGUGAUGAAGACGAGAGGAACAGUUGUGGCCUCUCCAAUGGAAAGGGAGAGAAAUACUUCAAACAAAUACCAGAUGGCAUUGUGUUGCAGCCUCAUCAUAAUCUUAACCAGAUUUCUCAGAUGUUUUCAGACGAUACCUACAUGCUGCCAGACCUUCUCCAGAAAGCAUCAUCAUCAAGUCCUUCUCGCAACGCGCUCAACCAGCAGCGGCGAACACGAGAACAGAGUUACACGCAAUCACCCGUGGCACUACAAUCCCCCACACACCAGGAGCUCAACGCUUUCAGCAGUCCAGCUAGUAAAAACACCUCAUCUACCUCUUCCACUUUCUUCUCCUUCAUUGACCCAAGAUUGAGCCCAAUAUCUUCACCACCACAAAGCCCGACGUGCAGUAAAGGUGAGCCAGUCAAGCGAGAAAACCAUCGCAAGGGCUCUGUAGUGAAUGUGAACCCAACCAAUAUUCGACCACAGAGUGACAGUCCUGAGAUUCGCAAAUACAAGAAGAAAUUCACCACGGAGGUGCUCUGUGCAGGACUAUGGGGAGUGAAUCUGUUGGUGGGGACAGAAAAUGGCCUUUGGCUGCUGGACCGAAGUGGUCAGGGGAAGGUCUACUCACUCAUUAGCAGAAGAAGGUUUCAGCAGAUGGAUGUGCUUGAAGGACUCAACGUGCUCAUUACGAUAUCAGGUAAAAAGAACAAGCUCCGCCUUUACUACCUUUCCUGGCUGAGAAAUAAAAUCCUUCGGAAUGACCCAGAAGUGGAGAAGAGACAGGGUUGGACAUCUGUUGGAGAUCUGGAAGGUUGCAUCCACUAUAGAGUGGUGCGUUACGAAAAGAUCAAGUUCCUAGUAAUUGCUUUGAAGAAUGCAGUCGAGGUUUACGCUUGGGCACCCAAACCCUACCAUAAGUUCAUGGCCUUUAAGUCUUUCAGGUCUUUACCACAAAAGCCACUGUCUGUUGAUCUGACAGUCGAGGAAGGUCAAAGGUUAAAGGUCAUCUAUGGUUCCUCAUCUGGUUUCCAUGCUAUUGAUGUAGACUCUGGUACACCAUAUGAUCUCUACCUGCCCACACAUAUCCCGGGUUCCAUCCAUCCGCACGCCAUCAUCAUUUUGCCGAACAGUGCCGGAACCGAGGUCCUCGUUUGCUACGAAGACGAAGGUGUCUACAUCGACACUUACGGCCGAAUCACCAAGGAUACGGUGUUGCAGUGGGGGGAGAUCCCUGCGUCUGUCGCUUACUUACAGUCCAAUCAAGUGAUGGGUUGGGGAGAGAAGGCCAUUGAGCUCAGGUCCGCCAACACAGGAAACCUGGAGGGAGUUUUCAUGCACAAAAGGGCCCAGAAACUCAAGUUCUUGUGUGAAAGGAAUGACAAGGUCUUCUUUGCGUCCGUGCAGUCGGGAGGCAGCAGUCAGAUUUACUUCAUGACGCUGGGUCAGAACUCUCUGUUCAACUGGUAAUGGACUGGGGGCCAGGCGGCAAGGUCAGCAACUUGCGGCGGCCUUCGUCGGCUCCGAUUUUCACGCUCGCGUACGUACAGCUCGCCACAUCGUGGAUGCGAAAUUGUCAACGGGCCAAGAGGAGUUUUCCGUGAAAAUGUGUCACGAAUAGCACACUGACAUCAUUUUGGCGCUGCUUUUGUCAACGUCUGACGCUUCAGUCCAAGAAAUUCACUGGAUCUUGUUUUUCCUCACCCGUGCACACCGCAGCUGUUCUGUUCCGCUUUCAGUUCAUCUUGUCUGGAUCGGUCGUUUCUGUACUGGAUCGUCCUCUCUGUUCUAGCAAAGACAUUCCAAAGUUUUGCUGCUGUGCUUCUUACAAACAAAAAAUCUAUGUAAUGGAAUUAACAGUGGAAAAAUAGGAGCUUUAUUAUCCCUGUUUACUCUGUGGAAAUCAUUUGAGCUCUUCACAAAACUGCGUGUGGGGAAAAAAUGGUUCCCUGUACAGCGAUUAGCAGGUUGCACAUUCGAUUUCCCGUCAUGUUCUUUAAUCACAUUCCACGUUGCUCAUCAGCUGUCGGAAUUUUGCACGCGCUAUUCAAACACCCACGCGGAGAUGCUUAAAGGGAUACUGGCCGAAUUGAAUUUGGCCGGUUGAACUGAAAAAUAUAAUUCAAAAUAAAUAUACUUCACUUUUAAGGCACCAAUUUUGAUCCAACGGCGCAUCCAUAUUAUCCGCUAAUCACAUGUAAGUCAUCUUGCCUGUUUCCUUAUUGACAACGUUUGUUUGAUCACUAGUACAGUAAUUUCCGGCCUACAGAGCGCACCUGGUUAGAAGCCUCACCGAGUACAUUUGUAAAGGAAAUACCAUUUGGUACAUACAUAAGCCGCAAAUUCCGACAUUGAAACACGAGAUAUUUACAAAGAAAGACUGUGCACAGAAAGAGUUUUCAAAGUUUUAAUAUCUUAGCUUAUCUUAACAUAGCAACAACACAGUAGCACAAACAAGGCUGGUUAAAAAAAAAACAAAAACAUACCUAAAUCACUGAAACACGGCAGUAACACAGCAGCAACACGCUAAUGCGGAGCUAAUGCUAGUGUUGCCGGUGGAAAAAAAAAAAACAUACCGGUAAAAAUAACGGAGACACUGCAGUAACACAGCAGUGACACGCUAGCGCAGCGCUAACAGGGCCGAUUAAAAAAAAAAAAAAAACCAUACCGGUAAAAGUCACUUCCUCGGCACAUAUAUUCCACCGGUCUCACUCUUACAUUUUCGGCUUCAGUGCUCCCUUGCGGCCGUUAGAAAAAAAUGCACAAAUCAGCCGCAUCACAGCAUAAGCCCCGCGGCUUAUUGAAAGCGUGUGGGGGGGAAAAAAGUUGUGGCUUUUAGGCCGGAAAUUACAGUAAUUGUAGUCUUCAUAAUAACGCUUGACAUGCGUUGUCUGCCAUGAAGAGAAUAUUUACACACACUUCCAAGCAAGGAUAUGAAAACCACACAAGGAAUAAGAGCAACAAAAAUACAGUGAAAACAGUGAAGUCUCCCUUUAAGUGUCGUGUCUGCUGUUAAAUGUUUACUACGAAAGGACAUGUGUGAGGUGUUUUUGUUGGGUUCCACAUUCUUCCAUAAAAGAUAUUCCACACUUUUACGGUGUUAAGUCUUCAGCCCCAUAAGCACUUUGGACACGGGUUUUGUCAACCUAGUUCAUGUAUUGUUUAUUUUUAUCUGCUUACUGAAUUUGUUUUGCACCAUCCAACGCAUUAUGUUAUGUUCCAAGUUAUUUAUCUACAAGCAAGGCUCGACAAUUCACCAGUUGACUAUUAAAGAAAACUAACAUUUAAUUUCAACAUCGUUCAUGUACUGGUUCUUAUAAGGUUACUAUUUUUUUUUUUUUUACUUUCUCAAUAUACUUAGCAGGUAUCACAGAUAUUUACUUCCAAAUUAAUGUCGUUUAGUGUUU